UGAGAGAGAGGUAACAGAUUAAUUUAGUCGCUAAGAACACAGCUCACAUCUCGGAGCCUCUCUGCCUUUUAACCAGUGUUGUCUUUAUUGCUUUCAAGAAGACAUUCUCCAAAAAAGCCGUGCGUGCUUCAGCCGCUACACCCUUCCUGGAGCGAUGGGAGAGGCCGAGACGCGUCAGAAAUUGCUGCGCAAUGUGAAGAAAGAGGUGAAACAAAUUAUGGAAGAAGCAGUAACGAGGAAAUUUGUGCACGCAGACAGCAGCCACAUCAUAUCCUUCUGUGCUGUAGUUGAGGCCUGCAUGCUCCAUGGACUGAAGCGUCGUAUUGCAGGCCUGCUGUGCAGUAACAAGGUCGCAGCACUCUUCAUGAAGGCUGCAAAAACCUUUUCUCCUGCGGAGGAACUCUGCCACAAGGUCCAGGAGCUGGAACAGCUCAUCGAAAUCAGCAAGCAGAACAAUUCUUCACUGAGUAAUGACCGCAGUCGGCAGUCCAAGUUGGCUUACCUCCCUCCUCAAGCACUGAAACACCUGUGGAUCCGAACUGCCCUGAUGGAGAAGCUCCUGGACAAGAUAAUCUUGUACUUGGUGGAGAACAGCAGUGCCUUCUAUGAGAAAGAAGCCAUGCUGAUGGAUCCUGUAGAUGGACCAAUUCUUGCAUCUCUAUUGGUUGGCCCUUGUGCUUUGGAGUACACCAAAGUUAAGACUGCAGACCAUUUUUGGACGGACCCGUCUGCUGAUGAGCUCGUGCAGCGGCAUCGCAUUCACAGCGGCCACUGUCGGCAGGAUUCACCCUCCAGACGGCCUGCCCUGAUCCAGAAGAGACAGUCCAGUGGUAGCAUGGAUGAUCGCCCUCUCAUGUGGGUGAGGGACUAUGUUGAAUCACUCCACCAAAACUCCAGAGCCACACUUCUGUUUGGAAAGAAUAAUGUCCUGGUGCAGCCGAGAGAUGACAUGGAGGCCAUCCCAGGCUACCUUUCUCUACAUCAAACUGCAGACCUCAUGACACUGAAAUGGACGCCCAAUCAGCUGAUGAAUGGCAAUGUGGGGGAGCUAGAUUCUGAGAAAAGUGUGUAUUGGGAUUAUGCUAUGACAAUUCGUUUGGAGGAGAUUGUGUAUCUACACUGUCAUCAGCAAGUGAACAGUGGUGGAACGGUAGUUCUGGUGAGCCAGGAUGGGAUCCAGAGACCCCCUCUACAUUUCCCCAAAGGAGGCCACCUCCUCCAGUUUCUCACCUGCCUGGAGACUGGCCUGCUACCUCACGGACAGCUGGACCCACCGCUCUGGAAUCAGAGAGGAAAGGGAAAGGUUUUCCCCAAACUGCGAAAGAGGAGUCCACACGGCUCAUGUGAUUCUGUAUCCGAUAAGGAAGAUGAUGAAGCAACCGAUUAUGUGUUUCGAAUCCUUUUUCCUGGCAGUCAGAUGGAGUUCAUGGCUCUGGAGCUGAUGGACCAGGGCAUGAACAUGUGGCAACCGACACCCAGAAAGUCCUCAUGCUCCUCCUGCUCACAGAAUGGCUCCUCUGAUGGCUCUCUGCCUAAUGGCUGUAAUCAGGAAAGGGCUCCCUUAAAGCUCCUUUGUGACACAAUGAAGUACCAGAUAAUCUCCCGUGCUUUCUAUGGAUGGCUUGCAUACUGCCGUCAUCUGUCCACAGUUCGUACCCACCUUUCUGCUCUGGUCAACACCACUAUAGUUGACCAUAAUGUGCCAUGUGAUGCCCGAGGAGGCCUCUCUGUGGAGGUUUGGGGCCAAUUCCUCAAGGACAGCUCUGCGUAUAAGGAAGAAGAGUUACGCAGGCUUGUGUAUUUUGGUGGUGUGGCUCCUUCACUACGCAAAGAGGUCUGGCCCUUCCUGUUGGGACACUACCAGUUUACCAUGACUGAGAAAUGCCGGCUAGAGAUUGACGAGCAGAUGCGGACCAUGUAUGAGCAGACUAUGAAGGAGUGGCAUGGUUGCGAGGCCAUUGUCCGCCAGAGGGAGAGAGAGAAACAUGCUGAGGCCAUCGCCAGAUGUUCGUCUGGAGCCAGUGUGGAAAGAGGACCAGUGCAGCGGGACUCUACCAUCAGUACAGAUUCGUCUCUAAGUAGCAGCUCAGAUCAACACAAUGCCCACUCCCAAAGUGAUUCCACCAGCAGCGCACAGGUAUGUGCAUCGGUUGAGGCAGUGGAUCAGAUUGAGACUGAGCCCAAGGCUGAGGAAGGAGAAGUACAGCCCAAUAAUCCACCGAAGGACAUCACGAGUGACACUGCAGACACCUCACAACCUCCCUCUAGCAGCCCCUCCUCCACAGGUCUGUCAAAUCAAUGUCCAGUUUCAGGAAACAGCCCUCUUGUAACAAAAUCAGCUGUUGGCUCUGCACCCUCUCAGCACUCAGAGGAAGCAUCAGAAGUCUUACAUGACAAAACUACAACUGGCUCACAGUCAGGAGGGGAGGAUGUAAUGGACCCAGUAGCCAAGGACGAGGUUUCAGAGACAAAGAUGGAGACAGUCUCAGAAGGUGAGGUGGUUAAAGAUUGUGGGAUCAGUAAGUCACGAGAGACAUCCGAAUCUGAAGAAAAACCUGAAGUAGAAGAAAAAGAUAUAACAACAAAUGGGAAGUCUGAAGAUUUAAAAGCAGUAGACACAAAUAUGAAUUUAAGAAGUGUUCCAGAGAGCACUAAUGUUCUAAAGCUAGAAAGAGAGAUUCAUAAUGAAUAUUUCCUAGCGCCUCCACUCGGGCAGACCUUGACUUUUCAAGCACACAAGAGCAAAGAUCUGGAGUCAUUAUGUCCGCCGGUGCCUAUUGCAGAAAAAGAUACUAAUCCAGAGAGUGAAAAAAAGCCAGAGAUUUCUGAAAAAACUGAUCCGACUUCUGAAAAAAAGGCCACAGAGUCAGAAAGAAAGGAUGCCGUAGCAACAGUUUGUGACGUGGCUGAUAUAAAAAAAGCUACAGAAAUUCCAUUUGAGAAACCUGGUUCAAAUUCACCUGUCAGACAAGUACUGAACGCUCUCCAGUCAGCGUCAAGGGGCAGCCUUUCACUAUCGUCCCACUCUCGGCAGUCUCCGGACACCGCAGAUUCAGAUGACUCUCCUUCUGCCCUGGAAAUGGAGGACAUUCCUGCAGGGACAUGUGUUACGUCUGACGAUAUCAAGGCCAGGCCUUUGGCAGGUCUCGCUGCACCCCUUGUCUCCCUUGCGCAAAGACAGAAAAUUGCAUCAGAGGACCCUGUCCUAGAUCACCAUCUGGACACAAGCUGUAACACCAGUCCUGAGGGCACCGACCUGGGCCUUUCUGAAGAGGAGCCUGAGAUGGAAAAUGUGCUCACCGAACCAGAGUCUGCAGAGGUGGGAGGAGACACCAAUCACGACGAAUCCUCAGAAGAACAAACUUAUUCUCAAGAAACACUGGACAUGUACUUGAUCAAUUUACAUCGCAUUGACAAAGAUGUAAGACGUUGUGACAGAACAUAUUGGUACUUCACUCCUGAGAACCUGGAGAAGCUGCGUAACAUUAUGUGCAGUUAUGUGUGGCAGCAUCUGGACACAGGUUACGUCCAGGGCAUGUGUGAUCUGCUGGCUCCCCUACUGGUUAUUCUGGACGAUGAGGUCAUGGCAUUUAGCUGUUUCACUGAGCUGAUGAAGAGGAUGAACCAGAAUUUUCCUCAUGGAGGUGCCAUGGACUCUCACUUUGCCAAUAUGCGUUCUCUUAUCCAGAUCCUGGACUCUGAGCUGUUUGAACUGAUGCAGCAGAAUGGAGACUACACACACUUCUACUUCUGUUAUCGUUGGUUUCUACUUGACUUCAAAAGAGAAAUGGUGUAUGAUGAUGUGUACUCUGUGUGGGAAACAAUCUGGGCAGCCAAGUACACCUCCUCUAAGCACUUUGUGCUCUUUAUUGCUCUGGCACUUGUGGAGAUGUAUAGAGACAUCAUCCUAGAAAAUAACAUGGACUUCACAGACAUCAUCAAGUUCUUUAAUGAAAUGGCAGAGCGACACAACGUCCCACAGGUCCUGAUGAUGGCUCGAGACUUGGUCAACAAAGUGCAGACGCUCAUAGAAAACAAGUGAUGCAGGAUGCUGCUGUUCUGCUGCUGCUCCCAUGUUUCUUUGUGCAAGCUAAAUUGUACAUUAACACAAUAGUCACGUAUUCAAGAGGAAAGGAAUACAUGUUAACGAAAUGUAGUGUUUGGUAAGUACUGAAAAGACAACGGGUCAAUAUUCUAUGAUGGUUGCAUAACAUCUUCUUCCCAGUUGCUCCUUUCUAUAUUCAGGGGAGAUGCAAUUGUUGCCAGUAAAUUUAUUUUGAAAGUGUUAUUGUUCACCUAGUGAAUGUACCCUUGUUGAAAAAGCUUCAGGAUGUUGUUUAUUUUGCCUUAAAUUGAGCCAUUUUUCAGGGAUACAGCAACCAAAUUCUUCAAAGUAUCUUUCUUCAAGGUUGAUUUUGUUUAAUUAUACUCACCACACAUCUUGUGAUGCACUUGAGUACAUUUUCAUAAAUAUAAUUUUUGCUGACAUUGUAGCUACCAUGAUUAGACAUUGAAUAUAUUUUUAGUAAUAAUAUCUGGCAUUAUUAGAUGAUUUGGUUUUGUAAACGUCAGAGGUACAGAAGGUUGUGUGCUCCAGGUAGCAUGUGUGGUUUGCUUCUCAAUAGCCAUUUUGAGGACCACUUGCUGGCUUCUCUGAGGCUUGAUGGUCCUCCUCCUGUGUUUGCCUCUGAUGCACACAAGCUUGCAGGAUAUCCAGACCAAACCUGUGAACUCUGUGCCGUCUGGCAUGAUUGCACAUAGUUUGCGCCAUGUCCUCUGGUACCAAGUUCUCAUUCUUUGUGUUCCUUUUAUUUCUGAUCUCCUCUAUGCAUUGAUUAGCUUUCAUUGCUGUGCAGAUUGGUUCUUGAUACUGGUUCGAAUGGUUAAUGCAGAUACUCUUCUCACCUUAAAUAACACAAUGCUGCUCAGGCUGCAGAAUUUAGCUUUACAGUGCUGACAGAGUGUACUUCCUUGCAGCAUUGUGAUAGUUGCUUUGAUGGUUAAUUUUGAUGUGGUGGUAAAACUAAAGGGGUGAGCAGUGAGGGCAGCAUGCUUCCUUUGCACUUGGUACUUCUGUUUUUCACUUUCACCUUGAGAUCAGUUACAUAGUUAUCUGACUUUGUCUUGCCCUGCCAAUCUUGUCUCGAGUUAAUAUGAGAAAACGGCUCUUGGUUGCCUUGUCUUUAACACACUCAAUUGCAGUGUUUUAUAUGGCCAAACUUUUGGCAACAAGUCUUACAAUAAUUGUUGAUAUUUCCUGGGGUAACUGUGCAUUUAUCUUCAUUAUUACCUCAAGAUCCCAGUGUUCAUGCCUGUUGAAAAGGAGCUCUGCUUGCUGAACCUCAUUCAAGUCCGCCAGUCAUUUGAGGCUUAAGCCAGUAUUACAUUUAUGGAUUCACUUUAGCCUCGACAAUUUUCCUCAGCUACAUUUUGUUUUCUGUAGAGCCAGUGUAGCCAGAAAGCACCUUGAUAGGCGUACCCCCUUCCUUUAUUCAAUUGAAAAAGCAGCCAACUUGUGCUCUGCCUGAUGGAUUUUAUCUGGUCCCCUAGAGUUCCUUGGAGGACUUUUUGGCCAGACUGUAAUGGUAACCAGAUUUACUACUGCACACCUCCUCUCACAAGAGUUUCUGUCCAUAUUAGUACAGUGCUGCUUAUACUGUCGUAACUUCAGCUACUUGUAAAUGUGAUCUUUUUGAAGCCCUCAUCAGGUUUUCACAGUUUAGUAAGUAAGGUCAAGUUAUUACACUUAAAGGGUUAGUUCAGUGGUAUGUAGCCAUGUAGUUCAUUUUGGUUUGGUUUUGGCUGAAAAUGAACUUUUAACGACAUUGUAUCUUUCCAGAAACAAUAAUAAUAAUAAUAAUAAUAAUAACUUUUAUUUAUAUAGCGCCUUUCAUGAAACCCAAAGACACUUUACAGAAUUACAGUGGCUAUACAAAGGGAAGUUGUAGGCUGUGGUGAACAAGUGGUGUUUCAGGAGUUUCUUUUUUUAAAUGUCCAGGGAUGUAGCAUUUUGAAUAUCUGCAGGGAGGGUGUUCCAGAGGGAUGGGGAUGCCACACUAAAGGCUCUGUCUCCAAAGGUACAGAGUCUGGUUUGGGGAAUGGAGAGCCGGCCAGCGUCUGAGGACCGCAGGUUUCGGGGUGGGGUGUAUGGAUGGAGGAGGUCGGAGAGGUACAGUGGGUCCAGAGCAUGGAGGGAUUUGUAGGUGAGAAGGAUGAUUUUAUAUUUGAUGCAGGACUUAAUUGGGAGCCAGUGAAGGUGGAUGAGGGUUGGGGUGUGCUGCCUUGUCUUGGUGUGGGUGAGGACACUGGCGGCAGAGUUUUGGACAUACUGGAGCCUGUCUAGGGUUUAGCUGCGGACCCCAGACAGUACUCCAUUGCAGUAGUCCAAAUGGGAGGUAAUAAAAGCAUGUAUGCCACAGAGUCAGAGAAUGAUGGCCGGAGACCUUGAUGUCAAUAGAUUAAAUUGGUCAAAUAAGGUCUCAUAGUGCCUCCAUUCCAGAUGGAUGUCCUAAAAUCUCAGCAGAUACAAACAAAACUAUCUAAAUGGCUAGAUAACAGCAUAAGUAUGUCAGAAAAUAUGAUUUAUUGGUGCCACUCACAGUUGCAAAAUAGCCAAAACACACCCAUGUUUGGUUCACUGUGGCUUAAAUACCAGUGUUUCGUUAUCACUGCUAAUGUGUCAACAUAACAUGCCAACAUGGAUUAUUGCUGUUUGUGUAUUGCUGUUUGUUGUCAGAAGAUUUACUGUGUACAAUGUGUCAAAAAGAAACUAAGCUCUUACAUAUUUAUUAAAUGCAAUACAAUGUCUGUAUAUGGGCUUAACAGAUUAUAAUGAACAGAAAGAUAAAAAUAUAAAAUUUGAUUUGUCACAUGAAAUCGUACGGGGUACAAUUCCAGUGAAAUGCCAUUGGAAAUAAAGAUUUAUUUUCUUCUGUCUUCUCAAAUUGUCACCUGGUAUAAUUAAUUUAUUGCAUAUUAAAAAUAUUAUAUUUUGCAUUC